AUGGGAAAGAAAAAAGGACUGAGUUUUGAUGAAAAAAGGCAAAGAAUCUUACAAAUCUAUUAUGAUAAAAAAGAAGCAUUCAAAAUUCAAGAAAUUGAAAAAAUUGGAGCAAAGAAGGGAGUCACAAUGCAAACAAUCAAAGACGUAAAUAAAUCUCUAGCUGAUGACAAUCUAAUAGAGACUGACAAAAUAGGAAGCGGGUCCUUUUUCUGGUCGCUUCCUUCUAAAGGAUAUAACUUAAAAAAGAACAUGAUUGAUAAAUACCUAGACAAGAUAGAGGAGACUAAGAAGUCAAUCGAAGCUACUACUGAGAGCAUAAAUGCUGAGAAGGUGCUCAGAGAGGACUCAGACCAGACCCGUGAUGAUAAAUAAAGCACAGCUUUUACAACUUAAAGCCCAAAUUGCGGAAAAACAAAACAAAAUUACCCUUCUCGAAAGAACAGAUCCAAAGAAAGUCAAGGAAGUCCAAGACAGAGCCAAAGUAGCUAAGGAAGCUGCUAACAGGUGGACAGACAAUAUCUUUGAAAUUAGAAGUUGGAUUCUGAAGAAGAACCCAAAUUUUUCAGGUAGCGAUCUUGAGAAGCAAUUUCCAAUCCUCAAAGAUCUUGACAACAUAGAGUAA